AUGCAGAUAACCCCACACGUUUACAACAUGCACAUUGACGAUGGGGCGGUCUCCCACCCGGGAGGGUCGAACAACUAUUUCGUUGGGGACCCGUCCGACGCGAUGGUGCUGAUCGACACCGGUGAUCACAGGCGGGAGUGGACGCAGGCCAUACUUGACUACUACGCCGAGCUCGGGAAGCCGUCAAUCAAGUCGAUCCUAAUAACGCACGGACACGGCGACCACAUCGGCGGUCUGGACCGGGUGCACGAGGCUACUGGCGCGACGGUACGCUGCCACCCGAAGCUCGUCGAUCGUCUGCGCAAGGUACUCGGCGACGACGAUGCGGUGGCGCCGCUGGAGGACAACGAGGGCGUCGAAGUGGCGGGCCUGACUUUGCGCGCGCUGUUCACGCCGGGCCACGAGGUCGACCACGUCUGCUACCACCUGGCAGAGGACGGCGUGAUGUUCACGGGCGAUACGGUGCUUGGGGCAUCGUCCACGUCGGUCGGUGACUUGGCGGCGUACAUGGAAUCACUUCAGAUGCUCAUCGAGAUCGAACACGAGACUGUGUGUCCCGCUCACGGGCCGGUUGUUCCUCCACCUAAGGGAAAAGGGCUGAUUCGCUGGCAAUUCGACCACAGGACGCGGCGGGAGACCCAGGUGCUGGACGCACUAAGGGACGGUCACACGACUGCCGAGGCGAUCGCCGACUCUAUCUAUCCACGCGAUCUCAAGCCCGGCCUGAAGCACUCAGCCCAGCGCAAUGUGACUACACACUUGGCGAAGCUCACGAGCGAUAGGGUCGUCGAUGAGACCCCGGCGAGAUUCCGUCUGAAGUGA